AUGGGCCCCCGGGCCGCCCUUGGGACAAACCCCGAACCAGCCGCUGUUCAUCCCCGUGCCGGACCCGGAGAAGGCGGCGGACGCGCUCGCGCGCGCAGGCUACAGCAGAACGACGAUGGCAUCCGCGAGUAUCAGACCGUCCUGGCCGCGCCGCCGACGCUAUGGGGAGGCCACGCGUCCCCAUCGCCCUGCUGCGCGCGGAGCGCUUCUGCUACCCGCUACCCGCCCCCUUCCGGCGGCGUGCUCCCACCUUGUAAUGGGCCUAGACGGGCCGACUUUGGGCUGAAGCUGCCGCCCGGGUUCCGCCGGCUGCAUCGCGAUAUCGUCGGCGAGGAAGACCACGGGGGGUUUUAA